AUGUAUUUCAGAUCUUUCCAAUAGCGGUCACACUUUUGGUGCCGCUUAGUAAUAAUUUAUUGUUCUUAUUGUAUAUACUGUUUUUGUAAAUAUGUUUAAGUUGGCUUUUAAGAAGUUUAAGACCAAAAGUAUUAGUCCUAAUUUAGCGGAAGUUAUUAAUGUUGAUACUAUUGAAGAUAAAAAGGAUGAGCGAUUAGAAAGUGAUAAUCAGAAUGUUGAACGUUUGGAUAUCAGCAAUGCAAGAACCAUUCAAACUUUUCCCGGCAUUAAACCGCUAUGUGAUUGGCGAGCUUAUAAACUAAAAAAUCAUCCCGGGAUCAUUAUUAUUCGAGACCCAUUUACAGAACGUGGUCGACGAUAUUGGAUUGCUCGAUGUCUACGGGACUAUCCAAGGACUCCAAAUAUUGUUAAUUUGAAUGAAAGACUAUUUGAUGAUUCGAUCCGAUCGGACUGGUGGAAACAGCUUGGUCAAUGUAACGAUAGUAAAGAAUUUCAACGGAUAAAAACGGCAAUGCGCUGGACAACGUUUGGAUAUCAUCACAACUGGGACACCAAGAUAUAUGAAGAUCAAAUGCAGUCUCCAUUUCCCGAGGAUUUGACAAGUAUGUGUCAAUUGUUUGCCUUUGCUUUAGGCUACGAUGAUUUUAAGCCGGAAGCCGCUAUAGUAAAUUACUACCCAGUUGGUACUACCUUAUCUGGUCACACUGAUCAUUCUGAACCUAACAAGUCGGCUCCACUAUUUUCAUUUAGUUUUGGACAGACCGCAAUUUUUCUAAUUGGUGGGAGGACUUUAGACGAAGAACCCAGUGCAAUCUUCCUUCGGUGUGGUGAUGUUAUGAUAAUGUCCGAAGAGUCGCGCUUGUGUUAUCACGCAGUGCCGCGUAUUAUUAAAACCGAGAAAUCUUGGUCUUCUUUGCUAACCAAUGAAGGUUUUGAUAAUGCCGAUAUUGCAUUAAAUCUUUUGGAUUUAGAUUUAUUAAAAAAAGUAGGCGACCCCCAGUUUUGGCAACCGUUUUCAAAUUAUAUAGAUGAUUCGCGGAUUAAUAUUAAUGUACGUCAAGUGUUAAACAAAGGGGAUAUAAAGUUAGAUUAAAAUAAUUUCUCUGAAAACAAGAAAUAAAACAAUUCAUUUGAUAUAAAAGUUUGUAUUUGAUAAAUGAAAAAAAAAUUAAAUUAGGAUAGACAAUAAUCCCAUUCAAUAAA